UGUCAAUGCAGUCAUGUGACUUCUGUGAGUUCACCGGUACUUUAGCUGCAUGGGAUCUAGCUGCUACUACUCGAGGAUAAGGACGUCUAGAGGAAAACCCAGGCACUGGGCUAUUAAAUGUGAAGGAAGAGGAUGAGACAGAUGAAUAGUCAUCAGCCUGAAAUCCAUUGGUCCCUCCCUGCCGGCCGUAUGGAUGUGACACCUUCAGAUGAGUCAGCGGUUGAGCACGGAGGAGAACCGUAUGCAUGUGAUCAUGUGAAAACUGAGGAGGAUGAAGUUCCUAUAAAUACGGCUACAGGUGAUGUUAAGGCUGAAGUCACACUUAAUACUGAACAGACUAAUGAUCUGGAAGCUCAGAAGCAGGAAAUCAGUGACAAUAUCAGUACAGGUGAUGUUAAGACUGAAGUCACACAUAAUGCUGAACAAACAAAUGAUCUGUAUGUAAAGAGUCAGCAGGAAGCUGUGAAGCAGGAAAUCGGUGACAAUAUCUGUACAGACAAACACGUCAAUAGUUCAUAUUCAUCCUUCAAUACAGGAAGCAUCAGAAUGAUACCGCAAACUCCAAUAGUCUUAGACACUAAUGACUAUUCACAAACAUUGGGGAUAUCACCGCAGAUAUUUAAAGGAGAUGAUGAAUUGGCAAGAACUGGCCAGCAAUCACUAUGUACAGAGAGUAAUUUAGUCAUCAAACAAGAGGACAAUAUUUAUGACGUAUCUAGUGAAAUUAUUAUCCCAGAGGAUAAACCACACAUAUUUACUGAGUUUUCAAAACAUAUUAAAGAAGGGAAAAGUCUACACUCUAGCCAAAUGAUUCAUACAAAGGAGCAACCUUUCCAAUGUACAGAAUGUGAGAAAAGCUUUAGAUGGAAGUCACAUCUACUAGAACACUACAAAAUUCACACAGGUGAGAAACCACACACAUGUACUGAGUGCGGCAAAUGUUUCACACGAAUGUGUCAUCUGAAAACUCAUAAAAUGAUUCACACAAGAGAAAAGCCUUUCACAUGUACAGAGUGUGGAAAAAGUUUUACAGAAAAGAGUGAUCUGAAAAAGCAUGAAAGGAGUCACACAGGAGAAAAGCCUUUCACAUGUACAGAGUGUGGAAUAAGUUUUACAGAAAAGAGUGAUCUGAAAACUCAUGAAAGGAGUCACACAGGAAAAAAGCAUUUCACAUGUACAGGGUGUGGAAAAAGUUUUACACAAAAGAGUGAUCUGAAAAAGCAUGAAAAAAUCCACACAGGGGAAAAGCCAUUCAUAUGUACAGAGUGUGGAAAAAGUUUUACAAGCAUGAGUGGUCUGAAAUAUCAUGAAAGGAGUCACACAGGAGAAAAGCCAUUCACAUGUACAGAGUGUGGAAAAAGUUUUACACAAAAGAGUGAUCUAAAAAAGCAUGAAAGGAUUCACACAGGGGAAAAGCCGUUCACAUGUACAAGGUGUGGAAAAAGUUUUACAGAAAAAAAUCAUCUGAAGACUCAUGAAAGGAUUCACACAAGAGAAAAACCUUUCACAUGUAUAGAGUGUAGAAAAAGUUUUACAAAUAUGAGUAGUCUGAAAUAUCAUGAAAGUAUUCACACAGGAGUAAAGCCUUUCACAUGUACAGAGUGUGGAAAAAGUUUUACACAAAAGAGUGAUCUGAAAAGUCAUGAAAGGAUUCACACAGGAGAAAAGCCUUUCACAUGUACAGAGUGUGGAAAAAGUUUUACACAAAAGAGGUAUAUAAAAAAACACUACAAAAUUCACACAGGUGAGAAACCACACACAUGUAAUGAGUGCGGCAAAUGUUUUAACCUAAUGAAUAAUCUGAAAACUCAUACAAAGAUUCACACAGGAGAAAAGCCGUUCACAUGUACAGAGUGUGGAAAAAGUUUUACAAAGAAGAGUAGUCUGAAAACUCAUGAAAAGAUUCACACAGGAGAAAAUCUGUUCACAUGUACAGAGUGUGGAAAAAGUUUUACACGAAUGGAUUGUCUGAAAACUCAUGAAAGGAUUCACACAGGAGAAAAGCCUUUCACAUGUACAGAGUGUGGAAAAAGUUUUACAAAGAAGAGUAGUCUGAAAACUCAUGCAAAGAUUCACACAGGAGAAAAUCUGUUCACAUGUACAGAGUGUGGAAAAAGUUUUACACGAAUGGAUUGUCUGAAAACUCAUGAAAGGAUUCACACAGGAGAAAAGCCUUUCACAUGUACAGAGUGUGGAAAAAGUUUUACAAAGAAGAGUCAUCUGAAAACUCAUGAAAAGAUUCACACAGGAGAAAAUCUGUUCACAUGUACAGAGUGUGGAAAAAGUUUUACACGAAUGGAUUGUCUGAAAACUCAUGAAAGGAUUCACACAGGAGAAAAGCCUUUCACAUGUACAGAGUGUGGAAAAAGUUUUACAAAGAAGAGUCGUCUGAAAACUCAUAAAAGGAUUCACACAGGAGAAAGGCCUUUCACAUGUACAGAGUGUGGGAAAAGUUUUUCACAAAUGAAUUAUCUGAAAACUCAUGAAAGGAUUCACACAGGAGAAAAGCCUUUCACAUGUACAGAGUGUGGGAAAAGUUUUUCAAAAAUGAAUUAUCUGAAAACUCAUGAAAGGAUUCACACAGGAGAAAAGCCUUUCACAUGUACAGAGUGUGGAAAAAGUUUUUCACGAAUUAAUUAUCUGAAAAAUCAUGAAAGGAUUCACACAGGAGAAAGGCCUUUCACAUGUACAGAGUGUGGAAAAAGUUUUAAACAAAUUAAUUGUCUGAAAUCUCAUGAAAGGAUUCACACAGGAGAAAAGCCGUUCACAUGUACAGAGUGUGGAAAAAGUUUUACAGUCAAGAGAAAUCUGAAAACUCAUGAAAUGAUUCACACAGGGGAAAAGCCUUUCACAUGUACAGAGUGUGGGAAAAGUUUUACCGAAAAGAAUAGUUUGAAACAUCAUGAAAGGAGACACACAGGAGAAAAGCCUUUCAUGUGUACAGAGUGUGGAAAAAGUUUUAUACAAAUGAAAUUUCUGAAAACUCAUGAAAUGAUUCACACAGGAGAAAAGCCUUUCACAUGUACAGAGUGUGGAAAAAGUUUUACACAAAUAAAUAAUCUGAAAACUCAUGAAAGGAUUCACACAGGGGAAAAGCCUUUCACAUGUACAGAGUGGGGAAAAAGUUUUAAACAAAUGAAAUUUCUGAAAACUCAUGAAAUGAUUCACACAGGAGAAAAGCCUUUCACAUGUACAGAGUGUGGAAAAAGUUUUACACAUAUGAGUAAUCUGAAAACUCAUGAAAGGAUUCACAAGGGAGGAAACCUUUCACAUGUUUAGAAAGUGGAAAAAAAGUUUUUUAUUGAAAUCGGGUAUCACAAAACACCAAAUAUUUACACACAAAUAAACUUCAUAUACAAAAUGUACAAACAGUUUUACAAUUAUCCUAAAGAGGACAAACUCUCUAGAAGCAUCAAAAAGGAUGUUAUUGUAAAUAAUACUUACUAAAUCCCAGUUAUAAAAGCCCCAGAUUUAAAGUACUCUCUUGCUGUCCUUUGUUACUCUAUAUAUGUGAACCUCAGUUUCUCUCAUAUCAAUGUGAUAGAAUCCAAACACGACCCAGGAAUAUACAGAUCUGUCCUCAUACUGACCAGUUUACACAACCAUUCCCCACCAAAUCACCCCCAGUGUUGUUUAUUAAUUGCCAAUGUUAGGAGUUGUACAUUUUAGAUACAUAGGGGAGAAAAUAAUUACAUUUACAGAAUAAAGGAGUCUUUAUAUGAAUAGAGUGUUAGACAAUUAUAUAAACAAGAACAUCAGUCUCAAAUGAUUGACAUCUGGCAGAUAUAUUUAAUGUGCACAUCAUGUGGAUAAACCUUUUCUUAUAGCAAUAGUUACUUAGCAUUGUACAUGUUAUAUACCAGAGGAAUUACUAAGAGGAAACUGAUUUUAUUUAAUGAGACACAAUGAGGCCCAUUCAUCAAGCUCCGAACGGAGCUUGAGAGCUCGUGAUUCUGGCGAGUCUUCAGACUCGCCAGAAACACAAGUUAUGGAGCAGCGGUCUAAAGACUGCUGUUCCAUAACCCUGUCCGCCUGCUCUGAGCAAGUGGACAGGAAUCGCUGGAAAUCAACCCAAUCGAGUACGAUUGAGUUGAUUGACACCUCACUGCUGGCGGCCCAUUGGCCGCGAGUCUGCAGGGGGCGGCGUUGCACCAGCUGCUCUAGUGAGCUGCUGGUGCAAUGCUGAAUAUGGAGAGCAUAUUGCUCUCUGCAUUCAGCGAUGUCUGUCAGACCUGAUCCGCACUGUCGGAUCAGGUCCGACAGACAUUUGAUAAUUCGGCCCCAAUAUC